AUUCAGUUCGCUUCGAAACGUCGUGUGGGUGAGUCGUCGCCGUCGCCGUUUCUUUCCAUCGUCGUUGUCGUUGAAGGCGCGUGCGUGCAACGCUUUGUUGGAAGUGCUUGUUGCUGUGAGAGUGUUUUCCACAAUUAGAAGUAACGGUGCGAAGGUGAAACUGGAAAGUCAGCGGAGCGUCCAUUCCAAGUGCAUCUUCAAAUUGAGUAGUGUUUGCAAUUUGUUUUUGUUAUUCAAGUGUUUUUUACCUGUGCCCCCAAACCAACUACUACAGCAACAACAACAGCAACAACAAAGUUGAAGAGCGAAUUAAACAAAUAUUGUAAAAAUCAAAAGCCUAGGCAAAGUUCACAGCCGGUUUAGUCAUACGCGAAUUUCUGAGAAUUCUACAAGUUGAUUUGAGAAUCGCCAACUGCUGGCUAAAAAAAAAUCCAUCUAACAGUCAAGUGUGCGCGCCUGAGUGUGUGUAUGCGUGCGUGUGUGUGUGCGCAUGCAUGUUCUAUGUGUGUAUAACAGCUGUUGCGCUGCACUUCCAGUCUAAAUUGCGUACUUAUUAGGUAUUUGCUCUGCGCGAAUAGCAGCGAUAAGAUAGAAGCCAAGACAUUUCGCACAGUGUAAAACUCUUGAACUCGCGCUGACGUGUGUGUGUGUGCGUGUGUGUGUGUUUAUCUUAUCGGUAGACCAUUGAUUGGAGUAGCUUUUCGCCUUUGCCUAAGCAAUGCCGGGUGAAGUCAUUUGCGCAGCGACUAAGCGGAAAAGACUAUGGACAAGGGGCCUCGACUAGAUAGGAUAUCUAACAAGCCAUAAAACAUCCACCCCCUCCCAAUCCUACCAACCCAAUAUACUUAGUGCGAAAAAACCAGCCACGCAAUCUUUGGCUAAAUUUGGACACAAACCAAAUACCAAACAAGGCAUUGCGAACAUAAAUCAACUGCAACAGGAGCAACGGCAGCAGCAGUAGCAGCAGAAGUCACCAAGAUGGACAUAGAAUCCGAUUCGGACACCUGGGAGGAUUUUUUUGGCAGCACCACAGAGCUGGCCCCCUCGCUGCUGGGACUUUAUGACACGCUGACAAACAGCUUGGCCGUCGUCGGUGGUGCCACAACCAAGGCUGACGUGCAUGCAACUGCCGCUGGCAACCAAAGCAGCGGUGAGUCAACGCCCAAGCGCAGCAACAGCAACUGCAGCAGUAACUCGAGCAACUCGAGCAACUCGAGCAACAACAGCAGCGACAACCUAUCGGGCAGCUAUGCACUAGAUGCCGCACCACAGUCGCCGCUGGUGGUUGCCGGUCUGCGUGAUGAGGCUGAUGGCGUGCAGCUGAGUCGUCUGGUGGUGCAGCGGCGUCAGGAGCUGGGCAGCAGUCACAGCAUCGCCUCCAGUGGCAGCAACAACAACAACAACAACAACAAUUCCAGCAACAAUUCGCGCCGCGGCAACAAUAUUCGCGUGCUCUCGCCCAAUGUGCAGCGCAUCAUCGCGCACGCGGACGCAGAGCCCGUGAAUGCGGUGGACAUUGAGGCACUGCAGCAACAGCAACAGCAACAGCAGCUGCAGCAGCAGCUUCAGCGCAGUCCGACGCCUGUGCGUUAUGUAAAGGCCCCAACGGCUGCCUCUACACCGCCUAAAUUGAAACUGUCGCAUCUGCCGCUGUCCAAGAUUACGGGCAAACUGUCGACGCAAUCCGGCAGCGAUUUGGUGUCCACCUUGGAUGCAAGCAGCGAUUAUAGUGGUUCGCCUAGAAGAGCUACGCCCGUGGAUGAGGAUAAAACGCCGACGAAUAAAGCAGCGCCCGGCACACCCUUCCACUUUGAGGGCCAACCCUUUGGCCAACUCAAGCUGCGUCUGUACGACACGCAGCAGAGCAUUAAACUGAGCGAAAUGGAGCAGCUGGCGGUGACCAGCAUGCAGCUGGCCGCACCACCGCCGCCAGCUACACCGCCCCGGCACAAGGCAUUCGUUGUGGCUAGCGAGCCGCUGAGUCCCGAGCCAUUUGUGGACACUAUCAACUUUGAUCUGGUUGCACAGCACAUUGAACAGUUGACCCUAAGCGAUCUGGAUCUGGGUGAAACGCAGACAGAUGGAAGCGCACAGCAGCUGGUGGAGGCCAUCAAUAAGCCGCUGAUAGGCAAGCCGCUGGUGCGCAGCGUCUCCGCACCACGCGCCAGCUUGACGGGCUCCAGCUGCAGCUCCCCGCUGCAGACAUAUGCGCGCACCAAGCUCAAGAGUCAGAGCGGUAAGGCCAGCACGCUGGGCGGCGGCAUGCCUCUGCGGCUGCCCACCGCCGAGCAGCUGGCCGAGCUGGAGGAGGCCAACAAGCUGUCGGCGGAGAGUCUGGACACGUUGACCGACAUCAAGCCGAAGUAUCCGCCGCGUCUGAGCGAGCUGACGCGUCUUAAUAAUCGCCCAUUGUCCUCCUCCUCCAUUUGCUCCACAUCGUCCAGUUCGAGCUCUGGCUCCGAUCAGCUGCUCAAUGGCAAGCUGGCUGCCACCUCGUAUUUGGCCAGCGUCGAGAGCCUGGCCGAGAGCGAGAACGAGCUGGGCGAUCAUCAUCAUCAUCCCUCCCACACGAAUCCCAUGAGCGUGCUGGAACGCGCCUGCCUGGAGAUUGUGGACUCGGAGCGCAGCUUUGUUGAGGAUCUCGGUCAGGUUAUCAAAGGUUAUCUGCUGGACUGGAAGGAACGCGCUUGCCUGCGCCUGGACGAAUUGCAAAUACUCUUUGCCAACAUUGAAGAGAUUUACGAAUUCAAUUCGAUGCUACUGCAGCAGCUCAUCAACUCGGGCAUGGAGCCCGCCAAAAUAGCUAAAUGUUUUAUAAACCUACGUGAACGUUUUAAUGUGUAUACAACCUACUGCACAAGCUACCCGGAAGCCAUCUCGCUGCUGACCAAGCUGCUGCAGGCGAAACACACGAACUCGCUGCUGGCCUCCACGCAGAAGCUGCUGCAACAUCGCCUGCCGCUUGGCUCCUAUUUGCUGAAACCGGUGCAGCGCAUACUCAAGUACCAUCUGCUGCUGGACAGCCUGCGCAAGCACUGCGAUGUCAAGGAGGUGGCCGAGGCGUAUGCCAUAAUGCGUCAGGUAGCGCAUCACAUUGACCAGGUGAAGCGUCAGCAGGAGCAGCAGAGUCGUGUCAAGGAGCUGUCUGGCAUACUCGACGGCUGGAUGGGGCCAGAUCUGAGCGUGCUGCGCGAGCUGCGGCACGAGGGCCUGCUCAUGGAACAGCACAACAAGCCGCGUCAGGUGCUGCUCUUCGAGACGAUGCUGAUCAUCACCAAGCAGAAGGAGGACGGUCGUCUGCAGUUCAAGAGCCUCAUAACCCAAAAAAAUCUGAUGCUUAGCGAACAUUUGCCCGGCGAGCCCACCAGCUUCUAUGUCAUACCCUUCGAUGAGCCGCGCAAUCAAAUCAAGCUGACGGCCAGAAAUCGUGACCAGAAGCGCAUCUGGACGCAGCACAUUAAAGGUGUUAUGCUCGAGGAGCUGGAUAUACCCACGCGCGCCAAGGAACUUGUCUACCAGCUGGGCAACGAGGAAGAGCGCACGCCGGAUCGCAGCACCUGGAAGUGGAGCCUGAACUCCAGCAGCAACUCGACGCCCACAUAUUUGGAGAGGCGCAACGCUUGCCGGCGCAGCGAGAUACGUCAGCGGAACUCCAAGUUCAAGCGAAAGACCAUCGCCAACUCCGGCUCCUUUGACAGCUUCAAUGAAUCGCUGGAACAACCACAGCCCGAGGACCAGCAGCAGCAGCCAGCAGCUAAGCCCGCCAAGGCGCUGGGGCGCAACAAUAGCUUGGAUGACACUGCGCUUCAGAAACUGGCCGCUGCUGUGAGAUAUCGGAGCGGCGGUAAGCGCGACGGCAAGUCCAGCCCCAGCAAGGAGCACUGCAAGUGUGCGUCACAGGAGCAGGAUCAUGAUCAGUGCCUGUGCAUACUGCGUGACCAGCGCAGUCGCACCAAAUCCCAGAGUCCAGUGUUUAGUUACAAGGCGUUAAAGGAGCGCAGCAAGUCGGUGCCCCGCAUUGGCGGCUUCAGCCUCGACGAACAGCGGGAGGCGGAUGACGACAGUUCCGCCUCGCUGCGUGGCAGCAAGCCCGAUCUUAGCGAGCGCAAGGCCAAGGGCAAGGGCUACUUCGAGGUGAAGCAAUACAACCACAAGACCAUGCCCAAGCGCAUUGCUACGCUAAAGAAGCAGCGGGGCAGCAGUGGAAAUCGCAAGGAGAGCUGCUCCAAGUUCUACAUGGAUCUCAGCGAGUUUGACAGCACGGUGCUGAAGAUAACCGAAUCCACAGAGGAUCUCGAGCUGGCCGAGGAGGCGCGGGAGACUCAAUCUCCGCAGCCGGAACAGUAUUAUGCCAGCCAGCUGGAGACAUCAACAUCGACGCUCUCGCCAGCCGAAAAGUCCAGGCGUGAUGCGGAAAUUGUGCUCGAUCUGCUCAAAAACAACAAGGAGUUCGAGCGCAUCUACAACAAGAACAAACAGCAGAAGCAGCGACGGGACAGCAGCCAGGCCACAACGCCGCUAUCGCCGCUCAGCCCUGGCCAGGAGGCGCCACCGUUGCCGCCACGUCCGCCAUCGCGCUCACCGCCGCCCCUAGACGCAGAACAGGAACUGGCCAAGCAGCAGCAGCAGCAGGUGAAGGACGUGGAGGAGCCCAUCUAUGAGACGCUGCUGCGUAAUGUACAUGUGCCCUACAAGUUCUCACCUGUGCUGGGACGCGCCAAGUCCGUGCAAUACUUCAAGCAGCGCGAGAAGCGUGCGCCAGCGCCAGCGCCACGGCCCGAAUCUGACUAUGUCACCCUGGUGUACUCGCCGGAGGGCGUACUGCAGCGUGUCGGCGAGGAUGCAGUGCAGCAGCAGCGUGACAGCACUGGCUCCGAGUCCAGCUCCGGCUCGACGGUAAAACGUGACAGCCAAACAACUGUCAUCAAUCUUAGCCUGGAGUCCAAUACUGAGGCGGAUCAGAUUGAUGCGCUCUAUGCGCGUCCCAUACCAAAGAACCUAAUGAGACGUUUGCUCAGCAAUGGCUCCGGCAAUGGCCAUAAGGGCGCAUUGGAGAACGUUAGCCACUCGGAGAUUUCGCUGCUGCCGCGUGCACUCAAAUCCAUUGAUAAUUUGAGCAUGGCCUUUGGACGCAGCAAUCGGCCGCCCGAACGUCGCGUUUCGGAUGUGAGCGAAAUGUGCCGCCAGAGCAUACUGCAUCGUCAGGGCAGCGAGGCAGUGGGUGAGCGCAUGGCGCAUGUGGAUUAUGCAGAUCCCAAGACGCUCUUCAGCAUCAUAGCCAGCUCGGAGGCGUCGCUGCAGCGCGACUCUGUCUUCUCGCUCACCUCCUCCUCAUGCACGUCAAGCGACAGCAUGUGUGAGCAGCAGCGGAAGCGCUCCGCCGCAGAGCUGCCAGCAUCCGGCUUCGAGUACGAGCAGCAUGUGGAGGAUAGUCUGGAGAAUGAUUUCCGCGAUUCAGCCAUUUACAGUGAUGAUAACAACGAAAAGCGCAGCAUUGAUUUAGACCUGAAGCGGCCGCGCAGUCCACCACCGCCGCCCCCCUCUUUGUCUGGAGCGGACCGUCAUCUGGCGCCGUCAUCGCCGUCCCCGCCUGAAAUAGCGCCCAAGCCAACGAAAGCAGCGAUACAUGAGCUGCUUGGCCAACAUCCAAGUGUGGUGCUUUGUCCACCGCAUCUCAGCCAGGCGGCAUCGCGCAGCUGGGUGCUCCAGCAGAUUGAGAACUUCAACAAGUAGACGAGCCGUCGAGGGAGAUUGCGAUUCCCUUGUUCAUUGCCAUAGAAGUGCAUAGUUUCGUAGUUUUUUUUUACUGUAUAUAUUCAAGUACUUUUAAAUACAAACUAUCUACUUACAUGUUCAAGAAA